CGUCUUUGGCGACUCGUCUCUGCGUUUAAUCUAAAAAAAAGCAAAAAAGGAGUAUAUAAAUAAUAAUAAAAAGUACAAUACAAAUAAAAUAAAUUUCAUUUUUUUGUAAAAUGAACAUUGAAUAAUGUUGCAAUAGUGAAAGUUCAAACCAUUUUUAAAUACGCUAGACAAAUGGUGUAGAGAAAUGCUUUGGAAUUUAUUGCCACGAAAAUGUCAAUUUUGUACAUCAGCCACAUCAAAAUACAGAAAUGCCGCCGCCUGCUCGUUGCCGACAACACUUUUCUCGAUAAUUAUCAUUCACUCGUUAAUGUGGAAAAGCAAUUAUGGUCUUUCAAAUCUGCAUCAUCAACAUAAUUUAAUUUCCUUCGGUGAUGGCACCAGCAGUCAGGCACUUAGUACGCAGAAUAUCGUCGAGGAAUCUCUCCAAAUAAUUCACGACAUCCAAAUUAACAAUUUGGGGAAAGAAUGUCUGACAACGGCAUAUCGCUCCUUGAAGGUCCCUCUGAACACGGAGAUUUUUUCUGGAGCACGUGAAAAGGCCGACUUGGUAGCUGUCGUACUGCAAGACGUUGGCUUAGGAAGACAUAAUGGCUUAAUAGAUGCCUUGGUGAAGGGUAUUUUAUCGGAUCCACAGGUAAUUGGCGCACGAGUACUAACAACAAACCUCACUACGGGCGCCAUCAAUAGUUUCGUCUAUUGGAAGAAGCAGGCAGGCACGCUAAGUGGUCCCGUGAGAGUCGACGAGAAUGAUUUGGUGAUUGGCAUGAAGCCGGAUAACGACUAUCCAUGGUUCGAGGAUCCCGUUUCAUCGCCUGGAUUGCGUUCCGCCAAAUUUGCUCCGAGCCCGCCGAACAUUUCGUAUCGCGGUUGGUGGACUUAUGCGUAUUACUCGUGUUCGCAGAAGCAAUGGAUGCUCUCCUACAGCAUUGUGAUACCGCCGAUCGGACGUCACGGCAUUCGCGGUUUUCUGAGCAUCGAUAUUGACGUAUCGAGCCUGCGAGUGAAUCAGUGCGAAAAUGAGAACCAAAAUAGUGCUGAUUACAUUUCCAUAUCAGAGGCGCAACCAACGUCGUCUAACAAUGUUUAUCAGCAUAAUUUCCGGAAUAAGCGAUAUUGGCAGUCUGAUGAUAUUUUAACAAUCGAUACGUUUCGCAACACACACAAGUGUCAUCAAACUUCGAUGAAGUGUGCCUACAAGCCGCAUGUGGGAAAAGCUGCUGUUGCGUUUGCUAAUUGGGCACGCGGCGCGUAUCAAUGUGUUUGCAAAACUGGCUAUUAUUCGCUCAAACAUCCGCAUGGCUUGAACGGAACGAUUAUGGAACAAGCGUAUCAGGAACAAUUGGAGAACAAAAGUAAUCUGUACACCCAUGAAUUUGUCUGUUACAAAUGUGCGCCCGGAUGUGAUUCAUGUACUGGACCGGAACCGUGUUUGGCGAACUACAAUUGGCCCUUCAGGAUAACUCUUCUCACCUUUUCUGUACUUUGUGGCAUCCUGACACUCGCAUUAGCUGUCUACAUGUUCAAAUAUCGCAAAGUAAAGGUCUUCAAAGUGGCAAGUCCCAUCUUCUUGACAAUAACUCUGCUCGGUUGUGCAACAAUGUAUCUCGAAAUGGCUGCCAUUUUUCCCAUUUUGGAUACCUAUUCGUGCAUUGCUACCAAAUGGACGCGUCACAUGGGCUUUUGUUUGACAUACACGGCGUUGCUGAUGAAGACAUGGCGCGUGUCUCUAACAUAUCGAGUGAAAUCCGCUCAUAAAGUCAAAUUGACAGACAAGCAAUUGUUGCAAUGGAUGAUGCCCAUAUUGCUCGUCAUGAUUAUUUACUUGAGUACUUGGACCUUAUCUGCCACACCGUUUGCCGAAAAGAUUACCGACCAAAAUGGGUUGAUUUUCAAACAAUGUUCGUACAACUGGUGGGAUCACAGUUUGGCUAUCGGUGAAGUUUUAUUCCUAGCAUGGGGAAUUCGUGUGUGCUAUAACGUGCGAAAUGCCGAAUCGAUGUACAAUGAAGCUAAAUUAAUCUCCUAUGCUAUUUAUAACAUUGCACUUGUUAACACAACAAUGGUUGCAUUUCACUUAUUAAUUUUCCCGCAAGCCGGGCCCGACAUCAAGUACUUGUUGGGCUUCAUUCGCACGCAGCUCUCGACAUCAGUUACUAUCGCGCUCGUUUUCGGGCCCAAAAUUAUUCGAGUUGUGCGCGGGCAGGGAGAUCAAUGGGACAAAAAGUCACGAUUUAGAGGCAUAACUGCCUCAUUUUCGCUGAACGGCGUCGGAUUAGUGGCGGAAGAAACAACAGACCUCUAUCAAGAGAACGAAGAACUGAAGGAGGAAAUCCAAAAACUCGCCGGUCAAAUAGAGUUUAUGAAAAUUGUCAACAUGGAAGUGAAUAAUCGACAUCUGAAACCGAAGCCGGGCGGAUACUUUACCAUUCAGAGCCCCAUGGGUAAAAGUAUCGGCGUGCAAAGUCACUUUAGACGGCAUUUCAAGAGCGACGAACGUGAUUCCAAGCAGGAAAGUAGUGUGGUAACUGACGAUCCGCAAAGCGGUUCACAUAGCGGGACAUCCAAUUCGAUUGGCCUUCCCGCUGUUCCUUUGAAUGCCACACCGCAGCUCGGUUCGCAGUCGUUCCAUCAGUUGCAACAACCAUCGCAGCAACAGCAGCAGCAGCAACAACAAACGAACGGCGGCGUAUGACUUUCGCACCGAAGUGGACUAGACUGUGGCACAAGUUCGACAACGAACUCUAUAUCAAGUAACUCCCCUUCCAAAGUGUUCGACUCACGCAUACCCAUUUAUGUCUAGAAAUUUCGUUCCUGUGAUUUAUUUAUCGCCCAUCCACCCAUCUCACGUGCGUGCGUUUGUGUCUGUGUGCUACUGCCUGUACAAAAUUGCAUGUGAUUUAAAUCGCUGAUCAUUCAUCAUCGCUCUCUUGUUCUCUCGUUACUGCUCCCGAUGUAAAAAAAAAUAAAAGUAAAAAAUAGAAACCCAUCGGGCGCAGUUUGUAGCAAAAUAUAAAAUAUUAAAUGUUUUUAGAAGAAGAAUGAUGAUGGUGACGGAGGCAAUUGACCACAGAAUGUGAUAUUUUAUGCAAGACACUUGCUUUGACACAGUAAUAAUAAUAAUUUGUUUGCUCUCCCCAUUCUUCCUUUGUUUAACUUUACGUAUACAUUGCACAUCCUGAAUGUAAUUACUUUACAAAAUUAAUUAACACGGUGUACGGAGUGUGUGCGUUUGAGGAGCGAACCAUCCUUUGAUAUACAAUUAUAUGUAUAAAUAACCUUUGGUUAAAACAUAAUGUGAUACCUUUCGAAAAAAGUGACAUUAAC